AUGGAGAUGACAAGAAGUAGCAGCACGAUGCUGAAGCCGUUCUACUCCACGCCGCACCCUCUCGCCGGCGAGAUGGUUCCGCUGACACUCUUCGACCUCUCCAUCUACGACAUCUUCGUUCCCAUCAUGCUUGUAUAUCCCGCCCCCACUCCGUCCAACGAGGAACUGAAGGAGGGCCUGCGUCGGGCCGUCGCGCUGUACCCUCACCUGGCAGGACGCUUCGCCGUCGACCACCAGGGCAGGCGUUGCAUUCACAUCAACAACGAGGGCGUGCUUGUCGUGGAGGCCACCGUCGCCGUCGAUCUGUCAACCAGCAGUUACCCUGACCGGCCGCUACCGGAGGAGCACGACGCCGGUGUGGCCCUGCUGCAGAUCAAGCUGAACCGGUACAAGUGCGGCGGCCUGGCUAUUGGCCUCGCCACCCACCACUUCGUUGCCGACGGCCAUUCCAUGAGCACCUUCCUCACCACCUGGGCGAGCGCGGUUCAACAAGGUAGGGACUUCACCCCCCCGUCUCCAUUCCUCGACCGCGGGAUCACCGCCGUGACACGGUGCGUGCCCACGCCGGCAGUGUUCGACCGCCAAGAUCCCUAUGCCCCCCUGUCCCUGUCCCCAUCCAGGUUUAACAACAUCACGGUGCACUUCACGGCCGAGUUCAUCGCCGAGCUCAAGGCCCGCGUAGGCGUCCGCAGCAGCACGUUCCAGUGCCUACUGGCACACCUGUGGAAGAGGAUCACGGCGGCGCGCCGCCUCAAGCCCGAGGAGUUCACGCAGGUGAGGGUGGCCGUGAACUGCCGGGGCAAGGCUGACCCUCCCAUACCCUUAGAAUUCUUUGGCAACAUGGUGCUCGGGGCGUUCCCGAGGCUCCAGGUCCAGGACGUCCUCAGCUGGAGCUACGACCGCGUCGUCGGCGCCAUUCGUGACGCUGUGGCACGCAUCGACGGCGACUACGUGCGGUCGUUCCUGAACUUCGGGGCUGCGCAUGGGGAGGAGCUCACGGGCAAAGGCGGCACCAUGUGCUGCCCCAACCUGGAGGCCGAUAGUUGGCUAGGGUUCAGGUUCCACGACCUUGACUUCGGCGGCGGGCCGCCCGCCAUGUUCCAGGUACCCGACUUGCCUGUCGAGGGGCUGAUGGUAUUCAUGCCCUCGAGUGUGGCCAGGGGCGGGGUCGAUGUCUACAUGUCGGUCGCGGAGGACCACGUCACGGCUUUCCAGCAGAUAUGCCAUUCCUUGGAUUGAUUAAAGCUAGUAUAUAACUAUAUAUCCACUAAACAGAUAUUACCUCCGUCUAUGCGUGUCAGUAGUAUGUUUUUCUCUUCUAUUUAUCGUGUCUUCUGUUCACAUGAAAUAUAAAAUAUAUGUAUUGUUAGUUUGUUACUUGAACAAAUAAAGUUGA